UACUAGAUCUACAGCAUAUCACUAGCUCAAGAAUGUAUCGACUCAUUAUUAUACUCAGUCUAAUUAUUACACUACUGCAACAAAGUGAUGCUUAUUCAUCAGGAGCUCCACCUGAGGCCUGUUCUACCUUACAGCCAAACCAUGAUGGAGCUUCAUCACGACCAGUAGAAACAAACUCAUUUGAGCUUACUAUCGACAAAUUUCUUGCUCCAAGCGGUCUGUAUCAAUAUGUUCCUGGAGUUACUUACACAGUAAAACUACAAGCGAACAAUUCCAAUUCAAGUUUCAAAGGCUUUCAAAUUCAGGCAAGAAAGGUUGGGUUUCCUGACAAUGUUACUGGAAUUUUUCAAUCCUCAAACACCAAUAAGUAUGGUUUUCAAAACUGUGAUCAAGCUCGGUACCCCCUAGGCAGUGCAGUUACGCAUGUGAAUGGGAGCAGUAAAAUGAACGUUACAUUUGAAUGGACAGCUCCUCCAAAAGGCUCAGGUCCAGUAUACUUUGUAUACACAGUUGUACAGUCAAUGCAAAUCUUUUGGGCUGAUUUGAAAACUACUGAAAUAAAUGAACAUCCCUGUGAACCACCGGAAUACUUAUUGACAGCUCACUGCACGGACGUGUGCCCCUUUGGAUCCUAUGGAGAUCAUACAACAGCAACUUGCCAACAAUGGCCAGCAUCAUCUACACUGAUAACUAAUGCCACAGCCUAUUAUUUGACUCUCGAUGAGGCUGAUGUUGUAGUUGGUAGAGGAGUACUGAAUUACACAGUGAUAGUGAAUGAAACAGCUUUUGAUAGCAUUUUGGGUAUAUUUUUGACAAUGUUACAAACCGAAACAAUUCAGAAUAUAUUUAGAUAUGACAGUGGUUCUAGAGAAAAGAAUUAUCAAGGUUCAUCACUUACAAAUUUAGACAGACAAAACAAUUUUAUUGUAAUUCAAGAACAGAUCUUUCUUCGUGAUACAAUUCCUGUUCAACUGUUCAGUGACAAUUUGGCCAUUUUCAGUAUAAAUCUGAAUGCAGUGGUAUUUGGAAGUCUAGAAGGCAGUAUGGAUGUAUCCACGGAUAUUGAUACUUCUUUGUUUGUUACAAUCACUGGGACGCCAGAUCCCUGUCAAGAUGUAACCUGCUUCAAUGAAGGAAUUUGCAGAGCACUAAACAUAAGUGGAGAACUCAAUUUCACAUGUAACUGUCAUCCAGCAUACACAGGUCAAUUUUGUGAGACAUUAUUCAACCCAUGUGCUCUUAGCCUUUGCCUUAACAAUGCCACCUGUGAGAACAUUGGCACUACAAACUACAUGUGUAACUGCACCAUUGACUUUACUGGUGAGAAUUGUGAGAUUGAAAUAAAUCAAUGUGCCUUAAACCAAGGAGUCUGUAACAAUGGCACGUGUAUCGAUGGAUUUGGUAUUUUCUCUUGUGAUUGUAUCGAUGGAUUCAUCGGAGAAUUUUGUGAAACUGAAAUUAAGGAAUGUGUCGCUAGUCCCUGUCAAAAUGGAGUGUGUAUAGACGAUGUCAACAGCUUCACAUGUGAUUGUUACCAAGGCUGGUCUGGUGACCUUUGCGAGAACGAUAUAGAUUAUUGCUCAUUUGGUCCAGCUCCGUUUGGUCCCUGCAGUGACUUUGGUAGUAGUGCGUGUAUCGAUGGAAACAUAACAUUUUCUUGCACUUGUUUGACAGGUUUCACAGGAUAUACAUGUGCUGUUGAUAUCAAUGAAUGUGAUGAGGCCCCUUGCUUAAGUAAUGCAACCUGUAACAACCUACUUAAUGGAGCCUACACUUGUGAUUGUACCCCAGACUACACUGGUCUGAACUGUGGUAUACCUUUGUUCCCAUGUAAUGGUAUACCUUGUAUGAAUGGUGGUACUUGUAUCGAUGCUGGCCUGGAUAAUGGAGCUUUCUCUUGUAUGUGUGCUAUUGGUUUCACAGGAGAUGCUUGUCAAGCUGAUCUCGGGUUUUGUACUGAUUCAACCUGUAUGAACAAUGGUGUUUGUGUAGAAGGUGUAGGAACAAUGACAACUUGUGAAUGUGUUGAUGGAUUUUCCGGCCAAAAUUGUGAGCUGGAUCUCCCAUUUUGUGACCAGGACUCUUGUCACAAUGGUGGAGCAUGUGUUGAAGGUAUUGGUACCAAUAUUUCCUGUAACUGUACUAUCAACUAUCGUGGAAAUCAGUGUGAAACAGAACUUUGUCUUGAGAAUAGCUGCACUUUUAAUGGAAACUGUUCUGAAACCAAUGGUGAGCCUAUUACGUGUGAGUGUAGUGAGGGCUUCAAUGGUCCAAGAUGUGACAUCAAUCUUGAUUACUGUCAGCCAAUCACUUGUGCAAAUGAAGGCACUUGUAUCGAGGGAGAAGGAUCAAGAAUCAAUUGCAUUUGUUUGGAUGGUUAUUCUGGGAACGUUUGCGACCAGGACGACACAGCUUUCUUUGCCUGUACUGGUAUUAGCUGUGAGAAUAAUGGAACCUGUGUAGAGGAGUUCGGCCCAAUGUUUAGCUGUUCUUGCCUUGCUGGUUUUUUGGGGAGCCGAUGUGAAACUGAUUUAAAUUUCUGUGAAGCCACCUUCUGCUUUAAUGAUGGGAUAUGCAUCGAAGGAUUUGGACUAACAACCUUUUGUAACUGCUCCUUUGGUUUUAGUGGAGAUCAUUGUGAAAAUGAUGACAACUUUUGUGGUACAGACUUGGCUGUUAACUGUACGAACAACGGGAGCUGUAUUGAGGGCUUUGGAACUGAGACUAGCUGCGACUGCAUGGAUGGAUUCACUGGUGAUGCUUGUGAGAUUGAUCUUGAUUUCUGUGAGCCAAUCACUUGUGCAAAUGAAGGCACUUGUAUCGAGGGAGAAGGAUCAAGAAUCAGUUGCAUUUGUCCAAAUGGUUUCUCUGGGAAUGUUUGCGAUCAAGACGAUUCAUCUUUCUUUGCCUGCACCAGUAAAAGUUGUGAGAACAAUGGAACCUGUGUAGAGGAAUUCGGCCCAAUGUUUAGCUGUUCCUGCCUUGCUGGUUUUUUAGGUAGCCGAUGUGAAACCGAUUUAAAUUUCUGCGAAGCCACCUUCUGCUUUAAUAAUGGGAUAUGCAUCGAAGGAUUUGGACUAACAACCUUUUGUAACUGCUCCUUUAGUUUUAGUGGAGAUCAUUGUGAAAAUGAUGAUAACUUUUGUGGUACAGACUUGGCUGUUAACUGUACGAACAACGGGAGCUGUAUUGAGGGCUUUGGAACUGAGACUAGCUGCGACUGCAUGGAUGGAUUUAUUGGUAAUGUUUGUGAGAUAGAUCUUGAUUUUUGUGAGCCAGAUUUCUGCUUCAAUGGGGGUACAUGCGUUGAAGAAAUUGGCAUCCAAUAUUUUUGCACAUGUGCUGAUGGAUACAGUGGGGAUCGGUGCCAAAUGGACGAAUAAUUUUUGUGAUAAAGCACCUACUUAUCGAUGCCAAAAUGAUGGCACUUGUGUUGAAGGAAUCGGCUCUAUAACACAUUGCAUAUGUCCAGAUGGUUUCAGUGGUGUUGACUGCAGACUAACCAGUAGUUCAAGACCUAAUUCCACAAUCGAUGCUACUAAAAAUUCGUGCAAUUCGGUUCUUGGGAUAUCAUGCACUACAGCAGUGAUUGCUUCUGUGGUUGCUAUUGCUAUUGGUGCUUUCUUGCUAAUAUUGUUUCUGAUAACAUUAAUGCUACUGUUUGUAUCACGGUACAAUCUGCGUCAAAAGAAGACAACCUAUGAUGUGGCAGGAUCACCAGCGGUAGGUGGUGUUAUGGUACCAAACCCUGUCUUUGGCAGCAGCAUUGAAGGUACUCAAAGUCAAGACUCAAAAGAGCACAAAGAAAACCUGAAACCUUGAGACUUGUACACACAAGAAUGGAGGAAACUUAAAUAUUAGCCUCUAUACAUAAUUAUACUGUUGAACCUUUUCUAUUUGCUAGAUUACAGAACCAUAAAGUUUGUAGCAAACCACUUUGCCAUGCAUGCACUUACAAUACAAUAGGAAUAUUGAUUAGCAUUAUAAUGUAAAAACUUC